UGGGCCAACAGCCCUGUUUUUUUGAUGGCUAAGGUAGGCAAGAGAGGCAAGUACAUAUGGAAAAGGCUUUCGCAACUGGAGCAGUGUCCUAAGGAUCCCACCGAUGUUCCAGAUCCAAUCAAUAAUAGCUUUCAAAUUGACGUUCCCGCAGAUGCCAUUGACCCAAGGCUCUAUUUCGGACUGUAUGAAGUCUGGAGUGGCAAAUGGAAGGGAGGUUUGCGAAUCCAUGGUGCAACUGUCAAAGAAAUUCAGGCUUCUGCGUCACGAUAAUUGAACUCAUAGCCUCCUAGUUUAAUUAAGUUGUGUGUUAGUUUGUCUGUUUGAUUUUUUUUUUUUCCCUCUUUUUAUGGCAUUUGUGUCUGUUCACACGUACUCAGACUGUUCCUUGAAAUAUAACAAAGAUGGUCUAUAUGAUAUUUGUAAUAAAUGAAUAAGUAAAUGGAAA